AACUGCAGUAGAAAACCUCAGCGAUAUUUGCAUUAAUUUCCUUUUUUUUUAUUUGCUUGAUUUCUUUCUUUUCUUUCUUUUUCUUUUUUUUUUUUUUGGCUGUGCUUUUCCUCUCUCCUGAUUUACUGCAAGCGCUCACGUGGCCUUGGAAAGGGGGGUUCUCAAACCGUUUUGCUUCCAAAAGGAAAAGAAGCUGGCAGGCAUUCAUAUUUCACUUCUUGAGUUAUGUAGGUUAAAGUCUCCCAGUGGGGAAAAGGAAGAUAUGAGAGAGCAGAUUGCUGGUGGCGAUACUCACUGGGAGGAAAGCGGAAAAAAGGAGCACAGAAUUCUAGAGCUACGUCCGGACGAGUGUGAGGUCUGAGAGGUGAGAGAUGUGAUAGAAAAGUGCUGCUAGCGCAUGAAUUUCCUGCAGAACCUCCCUUUCCACCAGCACCAGCAUGCAGAGCAACUACUCCCUGGCUGUCACUACCAGAGAAGCUCUUCAAGUCGUCCCUACAGCACUGACAAACUCGUCGGCUGUGUUACUCUUGCCGCCUCCCUGCCCCCUUACCUCUUCAGAUUAUCAGUUUUCACUAAUUCCAGCACUCUUCUCUGUGGUUUUUGUUCUGGGAUUGGUUGGCAACAGUGUGGUGGUUGGGGUGCUUUGUCGCCCCACUGGCACCAAAACAGUUGCUAAUAUUUACAUUUUCAACCUGGCCGUGGCGGAUCUGCUGUGCCUUGCCACCCUUCCCUUCUGGGCCACCUACUAUGCCCAGGGGUACAACUGGCUCUUUGGGUCUCUCAUGUGCAAGAUCUCCAGUUCUGUUCUGUGCUUGAACAUGUUUGCGAGUAUUUUUUUCAUCACAUGCAUGAGUGUGGAUCGGUACCACGCCAUUGUCCAUCCUAUCCACUCCCAAAGAAGGACUCUACAACAGGCUUAUUUUGUAGCAUCGGUUGUGUGGGGCCUUGCCUGUUUGUCCUCCCUCCCGACUUUUUAUUUCCGAGACACUUACUACAUCGAAAGCCUGGGGGUCAAGGCUUGUGUUAUGGCCUUUCCUUAUGAGAAUUAUGCAAAAUGGUCUGUGGCAACAGCCUUCCUGAAAAAUGCCCUCGGCUUCUUCAUCCCCUUGACAGUGAUCACCACCUGCUACAUCUGGAUCAGGAGGCACUUGCUUAAAGCACAGGAGUUUGGGAAAAGCAAGCAGAAGAGGGACAAAGUGCUAAAGCUGGUGGCUGCUGUUGUUGUGGCCUUCUUAAUUUCCUGGCUCCCGUUCCACAUUUUAACCUUUUUGAAUGCCUUGGCUCAUAUGAACAUCAUUAACAGCUGUGAUGUGAUAAGGAUUAUUGACACAGCGCUGCCAUUUGGCAUCUGCAUGGCAUUUGCCAACAGCUGCAUCAACCCUUUGCUGUACUGCUUCAUUGGGAACCAGUUCCAGCAGAAGAUCCAUCACUUGUUUAAGAGACGAGUUUAUCAGUUCAACAGCCAACGAGAAAGCUCCUCUUUGAGGAAGGGCAGCUGCUUCAAAGAAGCUGAGACCCCCAUGGGCAGGGAAAGGGAACCUGAGUCCUUUCUGUAGGCACUGGGCAUGAUGUGGGACUAUAUCAGUGCAGCUGGCUGUCCCUGCAAUGAUGACAUUUCUCUCUCCUCUUCCCUUUGUUUUGUACCCAUUCACUUACCAGCUGUUUGAAGGAGAAUCUGUUUUUAUCACAUAUGAGGAUUUAUUCCUCCUUCUGCAGCGAGCAGUCAACUUUUACAGGGGAAAAGUUCAGACAAAUAAAUAUAUUGAUGGCAUUUUAAAUAUCAGCUUUUUGCAUGGCUGGGAACAGGCAAGUGUUAAAUGUGACACUAAAAGACACUAAAUAUACCAAAGGACCAUUGCACGACAGCUACAACUGCGUAGUUGCUGAGUAUUAUACCCUAAGCUGAUUUUCUAAAAGAGAUUCUCACUCAAGAAUGUGUAAAUAAAGAAGUGCAGAUAUUUCUGUAUCUAUCAGUAAGAAAAUAUUUUGGCAUAUUUCGUAUAUUUUAAUUUUUUAAAAAUAUAUGGCAAGAGAUGUCGUAUGUAAAAUGCAUCAAAUAUACCUCCUGUUUGCUUCGGCCUGGCAUCCUGAGAAAUGUGGAGACAUGGCUCUGCCAACUUCUGGAGAGAGGAGAGUAUUCCUCAAGGAAAAUAAAGCCACAUGCAUGUUUCUACAUCUUUCUCAUAUCAGGUCAGAAAUUAUGCCUGGUGCUUGGGGCAACCAGGAGUCUGGCCUCCCUGGAAGUCUCAGCACUGACUGCUGCCUGGAAGCCACGGGAACCUGGUGCAGAAGCUGGAUAGGGGAAUGCAAAGGGAUUUUUCUUUUAUCCACUGGAACACCCGGAAAAGAAAUUACCUAUCAGUCAGGAAUGUUUAUUCCUUCACCUCUGAGUCCAACAUGAAUCAAACUAUGACACAACUAGCCGCUUUUCUAGCUACUUCUAUGACGAGAUUUGAUACUUUGCAGAGCAGCACCUCCACCCAUGAGCCGCUGAUAUCAGUGUUACAAAGGAGUUGGGUUGAUCACGGAGAAGAAAAACAUGCAUGGAGGUCAUCAAAAUGUCUCAGAAAAUAUUUCAGGAAUCUCAUUUGUAUAUCUACUGGUGCUCAUUAAAGUAGAUUCAGGACUUUCAGCAAAUAUGUUUGUCACGACAAUAUUGCAGGCCACCUCUGACUGCAAGCAUUCAAUCUGAGAUGGGGAUAAGCUAUUUCUCUUGGCUGUAUUCUGAAGGUAAAAACUGUUUUGGCAAAAGAGCCAUGUAGAGUAAAGUCUGAGUCCUUGCUUCAGCCUAGAUUUCCAUCCACUUCAUUUCACAUGUAAAAAGCAAAAAACCUGUUCGCCUCAUAGGUAGGAUUCUGGACUACAGGUACUUCCCAGCCUGAGUUGUUCUGUUACU